AUGCUGAUCCACAAGUGAGCUUUGGAGAUCUGCCUGUUGUCAAUUUUCCAUUUAUUGUUCAUUCUCAUUGCGAGACCUCUUGAAGAACCUCUAGCAAAUAUCUUAGAAUCUACACAUGAGUUGUUCUUUACGAUAAUUGUUGUAUACUUAUUGAUGCACACUGCAGAGCAUGAAUGGGCUAAAUCUCUGACCAACCUAUUCACUUCAACUUUGCUUAUCCAAAAUGCUCUCAUUUUUAUGAUCAUAAUUGUAGCAGAGACACUCGAAUUCUGUACUUGGAUCUUUACUAUAAGGAAAGUAAUCAGAUCAAAAUCACUUCAGUCCAUAAAAUCCAAACCAUGAGACACUUCAAGGCUGCUGGUAAGAAAGGACUGAAUACGUUCAUUAUUGGCCAACCUGUUGAGCUCAUGAAGGGCUUAA